AUUCCUACGCGAUUAAAAAUGGCGAUAAAUGGGAAACGGGGCUUUCAGUUGGAGAGCGAAAAUUAAAUGUUUUUUUCGGUUUCUUUUGAGAAAUGGAAAUUUAUGCAGCAGGUUAGCCUUGCAAAAGUAGUUAUUGUUUUUACAAACCUCAGUACGGAACUGUUUAACUUGUAGGAGCUGCUGUUUAACACAAGACUGACUUCAAAAGCUAUGGCAGAGGAGCGAAGGCAGAAGCAGUGUUCGGUCAUCCUGCCCACGGAGUCCAUGAAAGCCAUGGCGGAGUCUGUGGGAGUGGGGCAGUUACAGGAGGAAAGCUGCAUAGCCCUCAGUGAAGAAGUCAGCUACAGAAUAAAAGAAAUUGCACAGGAUGCUCUCAAGUUCAUGCACCAUGGAAAGAGGCGGAAAUUAACCACCAGUGACAUUGAUAAUGCACUCAAACUCAAAAAUGUUGAGCCACUGUAUGGGUUCCAGUCACAAGAGUUUAUCCCUUUUCGCUUUGCAAGUGGUGGUGGGAGGGAGCUGCAUUUUUAUGAGGAAAAAGAAGUCGACCUCAGUGACAUCAUCAACACGCCUCUCCCCAGAGUGCCACUGGACGUGUCUCUCAAAGCCCACUGGUUAAGUAUUGAAGGGGUCCAGCCUGCUAUUCCUGAAAACCCACCACCAGCUCCGAAAGAGCAACAAAAACUCGAAUCCACAGAGCCUCUAAAAGUUGUCAAGCCUGGUCAGGAAGAAGAAGGUACUGUUCAGGGAAAGAGUCAAGGAUCAACAGCUGCUGACAGCAAAGGAAAAGAGAAGGGACUUAUAAGGUUGAAGCCACGCAGCACACACGAGCUUUCUGUAGAACAGCAGCUCUACUACAAAGAAAUAACGGAGGCGUGUGUUGGCUCUUGUGAAGCAAAGAGGGCUGAGGCUUUACAGAGUAUUGCUACAGACCCUGGACUCUAUCAGAUGCUUCCAAGAUUCAGCACAUUUAUUUCUGAAGGAGUUCGCGUGAAUGUGGUCCAAAACAACUUGGCUCUUCUGAUUUACUUAAUGAGGAUGGUCAAAGCACUAAUGGACAACCCCACACUGUACUUGGAGAAAUAUCUGCAUGAGCUCAUCCCAGCUGUGGUGACGUGUAUUGUGAGUAAGCAGCUCUGUUUGCGACCAGAUGUUGACAAUCACUGGGCUUUACGCGACUUCGCUGCUCGCCUCAUGGCCCAAAGUUGUAAAACUUUCAGUACUACAACAAACAACAUCCAGUCUCGCAUCACCAAAACCUUUACAAAGAGUUGGUUGGAUGAUAAAACCCAGUGGACGACGCGUUACGGAUGCAUCGCUGGACUUGCUGAACUGGGAGCUGAUGUGAUUAAGACGUUGAUCCUUCCUCGGCUUCCUGUAGAGGCGGCCCGUAUCAAAUCAGUGGUGGAAGGGCCAGUGGUCUCCAAUAUUGACAAGAUUGGAGCUGAUCAUGUUCAGAGCCUCUUAUUGAAACAUUGUGCCAGUGUUAUUGCAAAGAUACGACCUCAGCCUGAUAAUGUGGAGCAGUAUCGUGCAGACUAUGGUUACCUUGGACCCAUGCUUUGCUCACACGUAAUGAAGGCCAGGACGCAGGCAGCGCUGCAAGCUCAGCAAGUCAAUAGAACCACACUGACAAUUACACAGCCCCGUUCCAGCCUUUCAGUCUCACAAAGUGGAAUAAGUGGCUCAACAGGACCUCGCACACCCAGCAUCAUUAAGGUUCCAAGCUCGCUCGCCCUCAUGUCCCCUCGACCAGUAACACCAUCACAGCCUUCUUCUCCAGCUACAAAAUAUAUCGUCAUGGGAACCAGUGCAGGAACCGCUUCUACUCAGCAGGUUAUCACCCUCAGCUCCUCCCAUUCUGCCUCAGCGGUCACGAACACGGUUCCCAGCGCCUCUUCCACCUUACAGCCAUUAGUAAAACUGGAUCCCAGCAGCAGCCCGGGGUUGACAAGCUCGCGCCCUCUGCAGAAGUACAUAGUCGUGUCUUUGCCCUCAUCUGCUUCUUCCUCUUUGGAGAGUAAGAGCUCUGGGCUUCCAAAUUCACUCUCCUCGAACAUGUUAGACUCUGGGAUGAAGCUUGACCGGUCGGAGUCUCCUGGAGUGAGCACGCAGUCCCCACACUGAAACCUGGAGUCUAUACUUAUAUUCCAUUUCUGCAAUUUAACACUUGGAGCUUUGCUUGUUGGUGUGAAUGAAAAUAUUUGAACUCUUUCCUGACUAAGAGCAACAUUGACAAUGUUCUGUAAAUAUGUUUAUGGUUGACUUAAAAAAAAAAUUAAAUCUGCGACAUUCUUAAUGUUUCAAUUUAUAAUCUGAUUUUUUGUUUUUUAUUGUAAAAUAAAUCCAGUUUUGUACAAAUUA